UUUUUUAGGUUCAGCAUAGUGAAUACUUUGAUAGGUGUUUAGCAGCUGAUGUGAGAGUCAGAUUUAGUCAGUAUAACAUUUUUGUCUUUGCUUUGACCACUCAACAUUUUUCUAUUUAAGGUCAUUGUCCUGGUUGAGGUCAAAGGCAAUGCAGAUGUGGCAAAGAUGCAGUUCCUCAAGUGUCCACUAGGAGGCUGGCUGCAAAAGCUGGGGGAUUCCUAUUAACACUCAUGUUAAAGACUGUGUCAACAGCUUGUUCUAAAUCAAUAAAUAAAGUAAGUAAGGUUUUAGGAGUUGGAAUUUUAUGUAUAUUUGCAUGAUGGGAGAGAGUUGAAUGACAAGUGGACCUAAUGCAGUUGUUUGCUUGGAGAUUUGAGACAUUCAUGGGUUGACCAGAAGUUAUGUUGAGUCAGCGUUAUGGUGAGAGUGGAGGGUGGGGGGUAUGAACUGAUGUUUUUUUUUUUUGGUAAUUUGUUUGAAACCAGCCAAGUAGGGUAGAAUUAUUUAGAGCUACCUCACAAAUAAAUGUAGAUGUUUCUUAUGUAUUAUCUUAUGAUUGGCUGAUCUGAUUCAUUUCACCUUUUUAAGUUGUUUUUAAGUGGUUUAUAACUAAAAAUUAUUGAUGAUGUUGAUGUUUUGCUUAUGCAAGCUUUUACUCAGUUGGGGACCCUAGUUUUGAGUAGGUUUUCUUUUGUUUAUGUUGAUACCAAUAUUAAUAUUUGAAUUAAAGUAAAGACCCAAGAGAAGCUCAUUGACCCUUUUUUGUUUCCCAAAUCUCAUAGAGGUGUCAACAUGGAUUAAAAUUAUUGGUAAGAUUUAACUAUACAGAUUGUAGCGUAAGUGUGAAACUUAAAAACUUAAAAGUCUUGUUGGGUUAAAAGAAUGACAUCCUUAAACGUUGAUGUUUUAAAGAUGUGUGGCUUUGUAGUUCAUGUUAGAAAUGAACAUUUUGAAACAUUUUGCUAUGAUACUGUGGUUUUAAUUUUUAGAGCUUUCUUGAACCAGUAUGAACUGAAGAUGAGCUGAUAUUAAGAUGACCGGCACUGUAUCUGCAGGUCAGUUUAAGAUCAUGAAAAGUGGGAAGUCAUCUUUGCAUUUUAUCGAGUGAAAUUCGGCUACAAAUAUAAGUCUUGUCUCCAGGACUUCUUGAUGGAAAAUAAUGUUUUGUUUUGUUCUGUUUUUGUUUACUACUACUCCAUAUAGCCGUUGAUGCAUACAAAUCUACACAUCAAUUAAGUUCCAAACAGAGAGGUUUUGUUUUUCUUUUGUCAAUGUAUCUCCUACUCAUAAACGCACUAAACGCAUUUAUUAAGGGUGGACUUUCUCCUAACGCUGUCCGUGGUGCUGAAAUCUGAUCCACCUCUACAGCAGCCUGUGGAUGUUUUCUCUCUCUUCCUCUGCCUUCAAACCGAUUUGCACAGCCCUGCUCCACGCAGACGACACAUAAUCUCGUCGAUAACACGGACAGCGUGCUACCUGUGAUUGUGAUGCAAAUGUUAAUGGACUCUGAGGUCCUCUGAUUAGCCUGAUGCGGGCUAAUUUCCCCUCCUCUCAGUCCCUGGAGAGCCCAGACAGCCUUUUCACUGUCUCUUACUAAGCGAGGAGUGUUGGUGGUGUUUUUCUGCCUCACUGGGCGCACAGACGCAGCAGAAGCCGGGCAAUGAUGGGGUUAAAAGAGAGCUCGAGUUACACAGGAUGAAGGUUUAGGUUUGAAGAGAGAUUUUUUUUAACCUAAUCAUUCGCAUCACUUAAAAAACCCUUACUUUCUUACUCCUUCUCUGAACCACUCCUUUAUCUCGGCUUUAUCUGGGUCGUGCGUCAAAUGUUCAUGUAACACACUUCUUUUUCUUCCUCUACACACACACUCACACACACACUCAAUCCACACUCGUCAUUACCUUGUCCCUGAAAACAUUCAAUGGGUUAGGUAAUGAUAGCCUACAAUGGAAGUCAUUGUAGACCUACAUAAUUGCAGUCAGCGCCAUGGAAACAUAAAACCAAGUGUGUCUACUGCUUGGCGCAGUUGGAUGCAAACAUGAGACACGUUGUAAAAAUAUCAAAAAGUCCUCUCUGUGCAGGAUAAAUCUCAAAUAUGAUUAUUCUUUUUACCUGUUGAGGUUUUAGUUGACAACGAAAUCGUUUUUUUUUUUUGGUCUAUUUUUGCAGGAUAGAAAAUUACCAAUCCCCUAAAAAUGAGACCUUUAUUUUUGUGAUUCGAGGAAAAAUAUGGGGGGUGGGGUGGGGUUGGUGUCGGCAGAGGAGGGGGGUGCACGGAGGCGGAGAACCUUGUGCCAGCUCACCCAUGUGUGUAAUGUGAAAAAGGAGAGCCGGGGGUGAAAUAGUGAGGAGUGAGAGGAGGAGGAGGAGGAGGAUGGGGGGUGGGUACAAUAGAGGAAAUGAAUUUGAGGACACAGUCAGAUCACAGUGACUCUUUUUGGAUUUGACUUCCAAGAACCAGAGGAAACAAAAAAAAAACAUGAGGAUGAGCUUCAUGCAGGUGUGGGAUUGGGAGAUAAGAAGAGGGGUGUGUGCAGCUCGUAGAUAAAGAGAUGUGAUUGGUUAAAACUGUAUCGACAGAGAGCAGGACCCUCUUGGGACGUGGCACCCCUGACCCCCUGAUGACUCUUGAGAUGGGUGAUAAUCUGAGGAGAUGAAGUAUCGUUUGGAGAUGAAGGAUAGUCGUGUAGAAACGUGAGUGUGUGAGGAGAAGACAAGGCCUGUGUGAAAUUUAAACCUUUUAAGUCUCCAAACCUUUAAAUCCCACCAGUUAGAGGCACUUUAGUGAACCUACAGCAAAACUACAUUUAAAACUGCGUCUUAAACGAGCUUAAAUCUGUGUUGAAUUUGAUAUUAUAUCAUUUAGUCUGAGUCCAAAUACCUUCACACCUGACAAGCCGAAUAUGCCUGUUAUUAUUGUUAUUGUCGUGCGUACAGCAGGUCGGGAGAGGGUGUGCAGGCUGCCGGUGUCACGGCUGCUCUUUUCAUCCUGCUGCAGCCUCCAUCAGACAGCACAGAGCGCAGAUCAGAGCAGGGCUGCAGCGCGCUGAUAACAGCCUCUGUCAUUAACUCUUUCAUUCAGCGCUGAGAGGAGGGCAGCCAUGUUUUGUUCCCACAGUUGAAAUAAAAAAAAAAUACACACACACCAAAAAAAGCAAGAGGCGUCGGAGUGAGCGAUUCACGUGUCUUGGCAAAGGAUGAAAAUCCUGUCGUUUGGAUCAGAGUGCAGGUUUAGCAGAGAUGCUUAGGCCUGAUAGAGCGCGGCCUCCAACAUGCGUCGUGACGCAGCUUGGCUUAACAAUGUGGAUCAAAAAAUACUGGAAUAAAGGCGCAUUUUUACGCACUCCUCGGUGUGCACUUCAAGCAGGAUAAGGAUGAAUUAUUCUGCUUUGAAAGUACAUUUUGUUUUAAAUAUUAUGUUUGGCCCUUUCUGCUUUAAACUUCUGAACACACUUAUUUUGGUCUUUCCUCAGUGUCCUAUUUCCAGCUGCUCUCAGGUAUGCACGUAAGGCCAUGCUGUUAUUUGAUCCUGCCUGGUUGUUUGCAGCAGAGCAGUUUCCGGUACUCUGUUUGGUGUUGUAGUUCAGACAGUGUUUGUAGGCCUCGGCUCUGGAUCACAUGAUCCCGCAGUCUGCAGCCGGAGGAAACAGUAGCACAGUCUGGACACAAAGUACUACUGACAGGACAAUGUCAACAAACUGUUUGAAGCUCGCUUAGGCUUCCAUUAAUGGAAAACAGAAUCACUGAUAUCACAAGCGUGCGUGGCUAUUUUAAGGCGAAUAAAACCAAGCAGGCUGUGCACAUUUGAGGAGAUAAGAAGUCUUAUUAAUAUGUAUUAUUUUUCUGUCAGUAUCACUUCUUAAAAAUGUUUUUUAAAAGGGCAGAAACUAAUUUUUACGCAUCUAUGGCUGACAAGAAAAAAAGCGUAAGCAGGCCCAUCCUGAUGCUGACAUCCCGAGAAUGAAAACAAGUGCGCACUCUCACCCCAGACUACAGUUUGCUGACGUUUUUAAUUACAAAUGUUGAAGCAUGCAUUUUUCUCAACGGAAACAACACCAUGUCUCAGACAGCUUCACACACACACACACACGCACACACACACACACACACACACACACACACACACACACACACACACACACACACACACACACACACACACGCACACACAUAGUCCGAGUCACUGAAUGACUAAAUGGAUGAAUGAGCGUCCUGAAUGAAAACUCUACCGAAAAACAGAGCCGGAGGAAUAAAAAACCGAGCAGAUUAUACGCUCCAAUUUGUGAAACAAUGACACCAUUUUUUAACUUGUACUGCAUUAAAAUAUCGUUUCCUCGAGUUUAAUAUCUUACCAUCAUAAGGCAAAGAUAAAAUGCAGGAAAAUGUAUUUCCCCAACAACAACUGCACCGCGGAUUUUAAGCUCGAUCCCUGUAGUCCCAGAGAAAACUUGGUUCACUAUUUUGGCCGCGUCUUCUCCUCAAAUAUAAAUCUUUAAAAAAUAUAUAUAUAUCAAGUUUGGUAUGUUAUUUUUAUUUGGUCCAUAGAUUUGGGGUUUUCUUCGAAUUCCAACCUCCUUUUAUACGCGUAAAGUUAUGCAAGAUUUGAGGCCCCCGGAAUGUCAUUGGAUGUUCGGAUGAGGUAUUAUAGAUUAUGGGUUGGGGAAGGGGUGGUGGGGGUACUACAAGCACCUCCCCUAGAAAUGCAGCAAAUCUCUCCCGUUUUCUCCUGGUGGGGCACUGGGAGGGCUGGAGACGUGCUUUGCAUUGGCAGGCUGAUGAGGACACGUGUCUCCUCCCUGCCUCCCCCUCGGGCUCCACGGUACCGCAUUGGCUUCAGUAAAGGCACCUGAAAGCCGACAACCGACUUCUGGAGACGCUGCCUGCCACCUUAUAACCCGAAAGAAAGCGAUCUUAUAGGCCCUGUAGGAACCUGUGGCUCGCCUUUUUUUUCGUGCGUAAAGCUUUUGCGCACACCGCCAAACUGCCUCAGAGACUGAAAAGGUGCGCUACUCGUCGAGCAUCAGAGCGCAGUGCCAAGAUGCAGAAACGGAGCUGCGACGUCUGAAGGUGACAUGAACCUCGGGAUAAUCAAGAGCAGCAGGCGUUUACUGAGCAAGAAGUGGAGAUAGCAACUGAAAACCGUCGGUGUCUUGAAACUUAACUUGUGCUUUUUCCUGCGUGGCUUUAUGCAGAGAACCAAGAGCUGCCACCCAAAGUAGCCUCACGUUUUUACUGUCUGGAGGAGAAAAACACUAAUUAACCUGCGGAGAGAUCAAACACAGGAGCGAAAAUGGCGACGUUAAUCAAAAGCAAGCUUUCAAAUAAACUGUCAAAUGCAGCCACCGCUGUCAGCAACAAAUCCCAGGCGAAGGUGAGCGGCAUGUUCGCCAGAAUGGGCUUCCAGGCCGCCACCGAUGAUGAGGCUUUGGGCUUCGCCGCCUGCGAUGACCUGGACUACGAUCACCGGCAGGGCAUGCAGAUGGACAUUUUGACAAGCGAGGAGAUGGGAGGUGAGGGCGCAGGAGACGGAGAAGGACUGGACGGGGACAGCCACUACCAGAGGGACGGUACCGGUCCGCCGCAUUCAGCCUCAAAGGAUGGAGGUUCAUCGAACGAGCUGAAUGAAGUCAAACCAAAAAUCACUGCUUGGGAGGCGGGCUGGAACGUCACGAAUGCCAUCCAGGUAAAAGACGCACUUCACGGACUGAGAACGGGCGGGUCCGGUGCGCAGGGCUAAUUGGCUGUGCGCCUCAAGAAAAACAGUGAAAAAAAUCUGAGAUACGCACUCUGACGCCCACAUAAAAUGUUCUUAACAAAAACCGCAAGGUUCGUCCCCCCAAAAAACGGUUUUAACAAAACUGUGAGUAUGGUAAAAACACCUUUUUAAAGUGUGGUUUAGAAAUAGUUCUCUAAACAACCAAGACUUUGAAUUCAAACGUUUUCACUGGAGCAAUGCAGAGAUUUCAGAGCAGCUCACGGUACAAUGCGCUGAAAAAAGGGAGGUAGUUGAUGCCAAGUGCCCCCCUCCUCUUCCCCUCCUCCUCUUUAUCACACACAUUCUUUGUCUGCAGGUAUAAGUCCAAUGUCAUCGAUGCCGGUGCUCGAUAACUGCUCACUUAUAAUAUGAAUGGCAAUGAAAAACAAUAACAAAGGAAAAGUAGCAGCAAUGCACAGAUUUUGAGUGCAAGGGGAGUGUAAGCUAGACUGUAAAUUUGGAUCAUUUUACGCGAAAAACAUCGAAAUAAAUUGCAGGUACAUAAAACUGGUAUAUGUAAACACGUGGGCCUAAUUUUUACGCGGCACAUUAUAGAUUGUAGAGUCUCUUAUUUGACUUUAAUUUUUGCUCAAAUGUGUUUGCAGAGAGUAAUUAAGAUUUUUACGCACAGGGAGCCAAACUGUGUGCAGUGAUAUAGUCCAAGAGUGGAUAGUUGAUGUAAAUAAUUAUUAUCAUAAAUACGUAAAGGGGCCAUUAAUUCUUUAAAGUGUGAGGAUUUACUCGAGAGCGGAGUCUCCCUGGUGUUUGUAGGCUCUGCGACAAAAAUCCCCAGUCGCAGUCCUUUUCACGCCUUAUCACGGUCGUGGUCACGGCAGUCACCGUGACGCAAGAGCGUGUCUCCUCGAACUCUCGGUGACGUCAGAGGCGGGUGGAUGCGCUCAAAGCGAAGUGGAAAACCCACAACAUGAAAAACGGGAGUUACUUCCUCUGCCGUAAAAGUUAAAAUAUACGAAUAAAAAAAACGAUCGUUUUUUCGACAUGAAUUCCUUUGGUUACUUGAUGAUCUUCUCGCAUUUGAUCGUUUUAUUUCCUUCUUAUUCUUUUUUAGGGGAUGUUCGUUCUUGGGUUGCCCUAUGCCAUCCUGCAUGGAGGAUACCUUGGACUCUUUCUCAUUAUUUUCGCCGCCGUGGUGUGCUGCUACACGGGGAAAAUCCUCAUUGCCUGCCUGUAUGAGGAGGACGAAGACGGGCAGCUGGUUCGUGUGAGGGACUCCUAUGUGGACAUUGCCAACGCCUGCUGCCAGCCCAGAUUCCCUGCUUUAGGAGGCCAUAUCGUGAAUGUAGCCCAAAUCAUAGAGCUUGUGAUGACUUGCAUCCUUUAUGUGGUGGUCAGUGGAAACCUCAUGUACAACAGCUUCCCCAACAUGCCCAUCUCCCAGAAGUCCUGGGCCAUCAUCGCCACCGCCGCUUUGCUCCCCUGCGCCUUCCUCAAGAACCUGAAAGCCGUCUCCAAGUUCAGCUUGCUGUGCACGAUGGCCCACUUUGUCAUCAACGUCCUGGUGAUCGCGUACUGCCUCUCCAGAGCGCGGGACUGGGCCUGGGACAAGGUUAAGUUUUACAUCGAUGUCAAGAAGUUCCCCAUCUCCAUUGGGAUUAUCGUGUUCAGCUACACCUCGCAGAUCUUCCUGCCGUCUCUGGAGGGGAACAUGCAGAAACCCAGCGAGUUCCACUGCAUGAUGAACUGGACUCACAUCGCUGCCUGCAUCCUCAAGGGCCUCUUCGCCCUCGUGGCCUACCUGACCUGGGCUGAUGAAACUAAGGAGGUCAUCACAGACAACCUGCCCCCUGGUAUCCGAGCUGUCGUCAACAUCUUCCUUGUGGCCAAAGCUUUGCUGUCCUAUCCGCUCCCGUUUUUCGCUGCCGUAGAAGUAUUAGAGAAAUCCUUUUUCCAGGAAGGGGGACGCGCGUUCUUCCCAGAUUGCUACGGAGGCGAUGGACGCCUAAAAUCCUGGGGACUCGCUCUCCGCUGUAGCCUUGUUGUGUUCACUUUGCUCAUGGCCAUCUAUGUGCCACAUUUCGCCCUCCUCAUGGGUCUCACCGGCAGCCUGACGGGUGCAGGCCUGUGCUUUCUGCUUCCCAGUCUCUUCCACCUCAAGCUUUUAUGGAGAAAGCUGCAGUGGCACCAGGUUUUCUUUGAUGUCUCCAUCUUUGUAAUAGGAGGUAUAUGCAGCAUAUCCGGUUUUAUCCACUCCAUGGAGGGGCUCAUAGAGGCUUUCAAAUAUAACAUACAGGAGUAGAUUCAAGCCAUUACCGAAAAUAGAUGUUAACUGCAACCCCAUUUAGUGAAAAAAAAAGAGAAAUAAAUAAAUAAAACUCACGACUUUGCAGCAACGCAGCCCCCCCUUCUGCUUAAUCCAUGCGUAAAAGCGCACACAGACCACAUUUGCCCACACAUACAGUCUGGCAUCAGUCAAGAGCAAGAGCGCGCACAUACACACACACUUCUACACACACGCACAAUCACACUCCCACAAAGAAAGAGGGCCGCUGACAACGAGGGAACCUAAUGCAUCCACAGCACACUAUAUGAACAGUUCAUGUUGUAUAAAUAUGCGAACAAACGUACAUAAACAUAUUUUCCAGUGGAGUGAACGUUUACAAUAUCAACCAUACACUAAAUUUGCAAGAAGGACAGUUUGUCUUUUCGUCGCUCUUGAGAGACUUCACUUAAUGUAACGCUUGAGCUUAAGAUGGACGGGUAUUCGAUGGCAAAAUGUGAUUAAAUGAGGAAUUAAGACGAUUUAUUUAACAUCAAAAAUAUGAACAAACACCCUCUUCUUGCAGUGUGAUUAUAGAGACAAGAGGGGGAAUCAAACACAAUGGCAAUAACCAGCAGUGAAAACGUGAAAGCAUCUUGUCUUGGUUAAUGGAAAGCGUUAGAAAUAAGAAAAUUGGACCUUCCCCGAUCAGUUUAAAAUACUGUUCAUGCAAAAUAUCAAAUUACGCAGCAGCUAUACAAACUAUGCAUUGAAUGUAUGAUAUUUCAGACACACAGCAGCUCAAAACUGGGAAGUAGAAAUUUAAAAAAAGAGAAGAAAAAAUAUUGAACAUUUCGAUUUUUCUGCGUGAAAGUGUUGAUACUUUGAUAUUUCUUUCUAGCAUUUGGAUUUAUUUUAUCGAGCUCUUAAAUCGGCAAUAAUUAAAGCCCCCCUCCCAUAACACCUGGGACCAAAUUUCCGCUUUAGAUGGGGACCCUAAAUUGAAAUCCUGCACACUCAAUUCCCCAUAAUGCCUUCCAUUACAUAGAGUAAAACAUGGCCUGUUCUGAAUUAAUUUGAGAGACUCCAGUGUCGAAAAUUCGGUGUCUGAAAAUCUUAAAAAAUGAUCGAUCAUUCGAGGAAAAUGUGCAUACAGACAUUUUUCAUUCUGUGCAAUGCAAUGGGUCCUGUGGAAAUGUUAUAAAACCGUUUGUGUAGUGUGUUAUUGUGGUUUCAAAAAGAUGGAAUGUAUAUCUCAAAGUCGUUAUCAUAUAUCGUGAAAUUAAUAUUAAAGAAUAAAGACAUAAGUGAAAUUAUAUUGUAAAAAUGUGUGUGGUUUUAUGUAAAACGACAAAACGGUCAGAACAUGUAUUUUUUUUUCUCUCUAUAAUAAAAGACAGAAAAUGAUGGAGAAAAUAGUGGUAUUCAUAUUCGUUCUUUAGCUGAUUGCUGAAGAGGCCUGAUGGUUUAGUGGGAAAAAUCGUGUUUCUGUCCUUUUGCUUGAUCAUAAUCCCAUAUAAAAUCCUGCUCUUUUAAUCUGCAUGUGUACAGAAAUAAUUAAAGCAUGCAUGUUUGGAGUCAGGUUUCCAUGCACCAAUAAAGAGCAUUUGGACAGAUUUUCCGCUGCAGGCAUCAGGCCUUAUGCUCGACCUGUUCAUCCACUGUGUUGAUUUUUUCCUGCGCAACAUCUGGAGAAGCCUUUAUUUAGGGAGUGGGCUAAUCCUGCAGCUGCUGGAACGUCAACCUACUGUAUAUAUCUCCACAUGGUAGGCCUACAGACGGCUUAACAAGACAGUGCGGACUGUUUACCUAAACUGUCAACAGACAAAGGCAACUUAAACGCACCGAAAAAAGCUCCACAGGCGAUCACAGGAUUAACCGAUCAAACGCUCGAACCGAUCAAACGCUCGAACCGAUCAUCUCAAGGCAGGUGCAUUUGUCUUUCCGAUAGUCUGGUUCCAGCACAUGUCCAACAAAAGCUCAUGAAAAAGCCCAACAAUUUCUGCACUAUUUCACUCAGUAAAACUGAUGCAUCUUCACCUUUAUAAAUACAACUAAAAUAAAACCGAUUCAAGUAUCCACAAGCUACGAGCUAAGCGAAUAUGUUUCAUCAAUAAACAUGCAAAAGAAGAGUCAUAUCCACGAUAUUGUCACCACACAUUAUCAUGCCUGGAGAGCCCUCUAGUGGACAGGAAAGAUACUGCAUAGAAACCCUAUCAAACAUCGCAGCGUGCUUAAUUGCACCAGUAUAUUAUUAAUAAAGCUGUUAUUUUUUUACUUUUAUUCACCAAAACCUUUCAAAAGUAUAUGUUUGUUUCAACUGUACUGUCUUCUAAUUCAGCUUAAAGCAAAGUGGUGUCAUAUAAUACACAGAUGUUGUAUUACAUGGUCUUAAAACACAAUUAUAGUUUGAUGGAUUCGCGAUAAGAAAGGUCAGCUUUGUAGGAAAAGGUCCAAGUUUGGUUUAAUUUGACUGCAGUUGUUGACAAAAAAAUUGUAAUUACUCACCUUUAAGGCGCCACUUUGGCAUCUGAUACAGCUGAACAGUCUAGUUUAAUUUUAUGCAACAGCACUGCAGUUGCGUUCAUUUCUUUGAAGCUCAUACAUCAAGUUUUCUCAAUCAUUUGAGCAAGGUCUAUAUAGUUUAGCAAGUAAUAAUGGGAGUCUGUAUUGUUUACGGGUGAAUUAGAAUAAAAGCUUUCAUUUUUUGUAAUAUGUAUUAUAAUAUCAAGUAUAACAAAAUCCAUUGUUUAGUCAACAAGCAGUUCAGACUACAACUCCAAUGGGCUCCAUGCACAACUCCACUAAUUCUUGAAUUUAAGAUUUCUCCUUUAUUUCCUCUUUCAUUAUUGAAUAAACUAAUUAAUCCAGGUGUGUCUGAGUAGUCACAAUGAUCAGUGACACCUGGACUAAUCAGUUUGUCCAAUAAUGAAAGACAGGAAAUAAAGGAGUUUAACUUCGGGAAGCAGUCGAGCUGUGCAUAAAGCCCAGUUACACUCUGUUGCUUUCUUUGUAAGAGCAGCAACAGAAAUGUUCUUUUAGAUUACACUAGAAUCUACGAUUAUACCUGUUAAAUGAUCUGGCGACUGUAAACACACAUUUCUGUUUGAUUACAAUUUACUCAUAGUAAGGCAACUUGCUGUCCAAAAUAUAUUUACUUUUUAUCCUUUAUUGCAAGACACGUGCAACAAACUCAUGAUAAUGAACAGAAUUAGAAACACUCACAGCAGAAUUAGCCUACCUAAAUUUUGUAGCACCCUCCCAGUUCAGUUCUAGUGGUAUGUUAGCUCCCUCUGCUGGCCACACACAAUAUCAUGCACUCAUAAAACAGCCUUUAUCUCACUCAUUUGGCAACAGUGCAAAUUCUUCACCACCCAAAACCUGAGGAGUAGCAUGAGAGCUUGAAAUAUGUACAUAAUAAAACAUUAAAAUACUUUUAACUGAAAGGUGUCAGCUGCUUGUUUCCAAAGCGACAAACUCCAUAAAAGAUAAUUUACUUUUAUUUCAAGUAAUGGGACAUUUUAAGUUCAAUAAAACUUUCAUCAUAACACAAAAACAGUGACAUAUUUACAGGCAACAGAUGCCAUUGGGAAGAAAAAAACUUACGAAGAGAUAUAAAGAUUGAAUAUGAAGGGAGAGAAAACCGAGUGGCUCAGAAAGACUUCUCCACCAAGAUUUCAUAGACAGCGUAGUAGUACAAGCAGAUACUUUAAAUUAGCUGCUCAGUGAUCUCAUUUUAACUUUUGUUCAGGUGAUGUUGUGCACGACUCCAAACUUACAAAUACAGUAAAUCCCAUGAUGUUCUACUGCGGGGAACAAGAAGGUUCACUGGCUGGGCCCUUCGAUUUUUAUAGUUGUGGGCUUUUUGGUGGAAGUCUGAACCACCCAAGGGUGUGACAGAACCCCCUGGGUUGGCAGUCUUUGCAUGGGGUUGUGCUUCAGGAGCCUGGCAACCAAGUCUUUGGCGCCAGCACUGAUAUUAGAUUGUGCGGGGUAGGUGUACUCCACCUGAAUUUAAAAAAGUGAAAAAAAUCAGUGCAAGGUUUACAGUGGAGACAUAAAAUUGGGAUGAUUUCAAGUGUUUCACAUUAGUUUAAAUAAGAGUACAGCAUUUUCAGUCUGCAUUAACGAAUUUUAAAAAAUAGAUUUAUUUUAAGUGAGAUUUUUGGGGUGUUUAGUUUCCUUCUACCUACCCUUGAUAUCCUACGAUAGGUGUCCUCAUGAGUUUUAGCCUCAAACGGGGGCUUUCCAACCAAAAACUCAUAGCACAGAACACCCAGACUCCACAGGUCCACCUUUUCAUCGUGAGUUUUCCCCUCAAUCAUCUCAGGAGGCAGGUAGUCAAGAGUUCCACACAGUGUGGAUCUCCUGGAUGGAAAAAAAAAAGGUGAAGUCAGUUCUGAAGCUAUAACUUUCUUAGCAGAUAUCAGAAAACUGUCAAAAAAGGGCACAAAAAACAUCAUCUUAACAUGCUUGACAAUCUGACUUAGUUCAAAGUUAUGCCAUUAAUGGGCUUAUUAUCCAUCUGAGACUACAGAUUUUUAUUUUUAUUGUUUUUAAAUACCAAUAAUAUAAGUGCUUUAUCUAGACAUAUGACCAGUUUGUCUUAGGGUAUUAAAUGGGUUCAUUUGAAAAGUGAUAAAACAUUUUUUAUUAACUCAUUUCCUCUAAGUAUUGUAAACUAAAUGUAUUUUUAAAGAAAAAGAUUUGAUUUUUACAGAGUCUUUUCUAAAAACCUCUCUUGAUAAGGUCAGUACAGCAAUUCAUGGGUUGAAUGCAGACACCAAAAACUGACAGGUUAUCAACAAAUGCUACCUAAAACCAUAUUACAGAAUCACUUAAAACCGUAAAAGACACAACUCUUGAUAAAAAAAAGGGAUGCAAUUUAAACAAAUCACAUGUGCAUACCUGGAGGAAGGUGUGUGAACAGACCAGCCAAAAUCUGCAAUCUUCAGCUCCCCAUUGGCCCCCAGUAACAGGUUCUCUGGUUUGAUAUCCCUGUGGAUCACCUUCUUUGAGUGGCAAUAGUUGAGGGCAUCAGUCAGCUCCAUGAUGUACUAGUGAAGAAGACAAAAGUGUCAACCAAACUUUCAUCACACUUCGGUUGAGAGCAUUCUUAUAAAUUUGUGAUGUUCCCCAAACUUAAGGAAGCAAACCCUUCACAUUUUAGAAUGGCAUUUGAGUACAGCUUACAUGGAUUACUGUAACCUUUGAGAAUAAUAAUUAUACAUUUCAGAGUAGAUGGAUUGAAGGACUUACUGUUGCACUUCUUUCCUCUGAAAAAUUUCCACAGCGCUGUAGCUCUCCAUACAAUUCACCCUUGGGUGCAUACUCAAGGAUGAGAUACACACGAGAGGCAUCAUGGAAGUAACCGUAGAGACGGAGGAUAUUGGGGUGCCUGCAGGUUGCCGAUGCAGAGAAGUUGUCGGAUAAAUAUUGUUAAAAUCUCCGACAUUGCAAGCAGAGGGAUUGGAAUUUUAUAUGAAUGCCAGCAAUAAAAGGUCAAAGGCUCAGUAUGGUGCUACUGGUUUUAUCUUAAUAACCUGAAGGAAACUCAAGCCAAGACUGGUUCAAUGAAUGCUGAAUCUAGCAGUGUGUGGCAUUUGAGCAUGACCACCUGGAGCUCAACAAGUGCACACAUUUACCACAAAGGCUGUGUGUAAAAUAUUAAACACACAGAAAGCUCGCAUUUAAGUCCACCUUUACUGCAAUACAUUGGCAGAUCAAGGUGUGCAAUUUUGUAACUUUCUAAAGAGUCAGUGUUCAACUUGAUUUGUUACACUAAGUUUUCAGGCAAAAUAAUUGAGAAUUUUGGGUGUCUGUUUCUGUCUUAUUGAAACUUAGCAACAUCAAUUUUGUACUGUUGCUCAUUUUUCACUUAUAACAACCAUGUGAGCAAACUUUGUGGUAGGCUGAAUUACCAUAUGGACUUUUAUUUGGCACUGUGUAUUUAUAGACUGUUACCUUAGGUGAGACUGGAUCUCGACUUCUCGUCUCAGCUGGUGCUCCACCCCGGCCUUCUCCAGCUGCUUCUUAAACAGCACCUUCAGGGCCAAGAUGAACUUACUCUGUCGCUCCCUGGCCAGGUACACGUUGCCAAAUUUACCCUUUCCUAAGGGACGGCCAAUGUCAAAAUUGUCCAAACUCCAUCGCUUGCUGCAUGAGUAAAAUCAUGUGGUUACAGACAAUAUCUAUAAAAAUAAAUAAAGCAAAAUAAAUAAUUUAAUAUGUAACAAAUGUUUUUCUGUUGUCCUACGUACCUUGAUGCAGAGUCUUUUGCAGAGUCCUUUGCAGAAUCAUCCUUGGCAGGUUUAUCUAAUAAAAGAUAACAGGAUUCAUUGAAGCCACAGAAAAUAAAAACAUACAUACACUGUUGAUUAGCCCAUCCUAUUUUGAAUGAUGCUCACUCUGUGGUUUGUCCUGCUUCUCUGGUUCCGACGGUGGUUUUGCCGGCUCUGAAUUCACCUUGGGCUCAUUUGUCUUUGGCUGAUUUUGCUGGGGACCCCGUUUGGGCUGCGAUGUUCCACUGUGGGUAGCUGGAUUCACAUUCUGAUUGGUAGGAUUCCUGGACUUAGAAGUAACAGGGACAUGCGAAACUGGUUUCUGGUGGCUCACGGGCCGCUGAAUUCGCUGAGGUCCAUUUGAAACGCCCAAAACACGGUGUUGGGCAGAUGCAGAUGGUGUGACUGCCACAGAAGUCAUCUGGGUCUGCUGGGACGUGGGAACUCGCUUUGGCCCAUCAAUAUUCAACUGCAAUCAUAGGAAAUCAAAUAAUUUUAUAAGUGAACAGGGUUUCAAGGAAUUACUGAUCAAUCUAAAAAGGACCAAACGAUAAGAGAAAAACAUGCAAUGUGUGAAAGCAUUGACAGCAUAACAAUAUUGGCAUGAAGUGUGAUCCCUUAACUUAAAGUUCAUGCGAAUCCAUGCAAAAGAAAAAUCACUAAAAUGAGAGAUGACAGUGCCGUGGUACUUAUUUCCUACAUUCGAGAUAUUUUCAAUAUGGUGUCAGUAAUAAAAAUGAGAAGUCUGAAGUUCCUGAUGUCUGAAUUAGUACGGUCAUUAUCUGGUAUCUGGGGUUUAUCCACGUCGACAUGGGUGAUGUGGGAUGAAAACUCUUUGAAACCCCGCAAUACUUCUUACCAGAGACUCAAUUCAUUGCCUUAAAAGGGAUAUUCCGACGUUAAAUUAAUUUAGAGUCAAACACACAGUAACACCGAGUUAGACACCCCCUCGAGAGAUGGAUGUUGCCGACCGAUUGCUUCUCUAGUUAAACCAACUUUAGUAACGAUCGCAUGAUAGCAAUACAGAGAGCCAGGCGCUCAACCAAAACACCACUCUAUAGCCACAAAUAAUGCUCAGAACAGCACCUAACUUCAUCAACAGUACAUAUAGGGUCCCCGCCAUAGCACUAACCACCAAACAUCUUUUUAACUUUUUAUCCUCAGACCAGUUCAUCACGGACUGCUGCGGGGUGACACAGCUCAAGGAAGAACAUUUAUGAUCAUUUCUUUAUCAUUUCCUUGAAGUCAUAAUCACCAUAUUAAUCAUUUUGCUCUGCAGACACAGUAGUUUUUCUGCCUUUGGGUCUCGGUCUGAUUACAUUUCCAUUUCUUCCUUGAGCUGCGUCACCCCCCAGCAGUCUGUAAUGGAUUGGCCUGAGGUCUUGCUACAAACAAGCGGCUGCUGGAGGGGGUAGGUGAGUUGUGUUUAGUCUCUUUGCUAAAGAAAUAAGGGAGAAAAGGAUGUUUGGUGGCAAGCACUAUGGUUGGGACCCUAUAUGUACUGUUGAUGAAGUUCGGUGCUGUUCUGAGCAUUAUUUGUGGCUAUAGAGUGGCGUUUUGGUUGAGGUUGGUUUAUGGCUCCUCAGACCGCUGUGUAUCACUAUCCUGCUGUCGUAACUAAAGUCGGUAAAAUAGAGAAGCAAUCGGUCGGCAACAUUCACCUCUCGAGGGGGUGUCUAACUCAGUGUUACAGUGUGUUUGACCCUUCAUGAAUUUUACGCCUCAACUCAUUGCCUUAAGCUACACUUCUCAAUCGGCAGCUUUGUAAUGUCCUUUAGUCAUUUUUUAGUCAUCACAAUUUUUUGUUUCACAAUUUUUAAAUCGAUUUUUAUGUCCAAAGAUCGAUUUUAAGAAUAAAUCUUUAAAACAGACUUACACGUGAUGUGUAUUUUUUGAGGAAAUAUGGUUCCUGGAAUAGUCACUAGACAAUCAUAAUCAUUCAACUGUUUCACUGGUGUUAAAAAUGCAGUAUAAAAUUGAGAAAAUCGUCAAUAUUGUAGAAUCGCAAUUUACGAACGGGCGUCAAAUAGUAGAAGAAUCGAAUCGGGAGAAAAGCAUAUCAUCCCAGACCUAAUGUUUACCCACCCUUCAUUUACCAGUUUUUCUCAAAAACUCAUCCUUUCAUUUGUUUAUAGUUUAUGUGGUUUUGUUGUUUCACUUGCAUACCUAAAAAACUAAAGCUAAACCCUUUUAUCCUUUUUAAUGAACAGUUUUGACUGAGAAAGUGGUGCAAAUACCUUCAUAUCAGGCCUCUGAGGUUUGAUGUCUUUAGUCAGCUUGAGCUUGGCAGCAGAGUCCAUAUCCUGGAAAAGGGAACGUGUAAAUAGGUUAUUCAACUGCCUACCAAAAAAGGAAAUUAUUAUGAUAACAAUAAACGGAGUAAUUCUCUCCCGAGUUAACUCUCCGUUAGCGUCAACAGGGAUUAAACGUUAGCAUAUCCGUCAUGUGGCUAACAACCGUGUGGAUAACGCUGAAGCCAAGGAUGUGAAAGACGAGGUUUACUUAAAUACUUCAAACAACACCUUUAAAGAUAUUUCGCUUACCUUUGUAUGUUAACUUUUUUACACAAUAACCACUGAGGGACUUCUCCAAAUUCAAACCCCGAGCAGCUCUGAAGCA